AUGAUUGGAUAUGGGUGUAAAUUGUACUAUAAUGGAAUUCCUAGCAAUAGGAACGGUGUCGGCAUUAUCCUCAGUCAAGAUCUAACCUCCUCAGUGGUAGAAGUUAAAUAUACUCCUCAAACGGGUUGCAAAGAAGAGGAGAAAGAUGACUUUAGAUCUAUCGUUGAUGAAGCUGUAAUGGAAAUCCCUAGGGAUGACCUAGAAAUAAUAGGUGGUGAUUUAAAUGCGCAUGUGGGAAAAGCAAGAGACAGCUACAAAAGGCAUCAUGGUGGUUUUGGAUAUGGAGAAAGAAAUGAUGAAGGAGAGCACGUACUGAAAUUUGUGCAAGCCUUCGACCUUGCCUUAACCAACACCUACUAG